CCUCCGCUCUGGUCCUGCCAGGAAAAUGAUGGUGACGAUGAUGAUGUGAGAAUGAGACUAGCCAAUGAUAAAGCAUGAAGGGUGUGCAAGGGGUGUGUCCGCAGUCUAGCUUGAGGCUGAUUCAGGAGUCAGACAAGGAAGAAGGGGAGAAAGGGACGUAGCGGAGACAGGGAAAUUAAACAUCCUUAAAAAGGGGGAGACUAGGAGAAGGAGGAGGGAGGGUGGAGGCUGUCACCGCUCCACAGGGGCUCAAUCUGUGCUGUCAUGGACAAAUAUCGACCAAAGAGGCCCACCACGCUAGCUCUCCUGCCACAGCGACCACAAGCCGGAACCCAGGACACCAUUAACAACAAUUCUCUUGGGAAGAAGGACAGAUGGAAGGACUCCCGAUCUUCAUCCCCACACAUUACAGGGGAUCAGACACAACCUGAUAGCCAAUCAAAAGCAGAGGACAAAGUCCGACCCUGCAACCGACGCCCUGCCCCUAAACCUCCAACUGCCAAUGGUGCCAACAGCAGCGCUGGCACUCAAGCUGCACCAAAUGACGCGCGGGCUCGAUUACGAGAAAGGCAGCCGCCAGGAGCCACGAACACUCAGUCCUUGAGCAUGCCUAGGAGUCAACGGAGAGGUGGAGCAGUGGGAGCAGGAAGAGGAAGAGGAGGAGGGAGAGGAGCAGGUGCGAUGAGAGAGAGGAGCUCAGGGGAUAUCAGAGGCAAGGAUGGAGUGACAUCGGGGAAGGAAGAACGAAAAGGUGGAAGAUUGUGCGAGGAAUCUAAGGGGAAGGAGAAAGGUAAAACCAUAAAUCAAAGACUUAAAAGCUCGAGCGCAGAUGGGAGAGGAAAACUAUGUGCCAAAAAGGAUGACCCGGCUUCAAGGGCAAAGCCCAAAAACUCACUCCCUAAUCAGGUUUACCUGACAGCCAUGGUGGUCCCACGCACACCAGUCGCACCAAGGAAGGAGGACAAGACAAAGGUCCAAGGUCAAAACCAUGACAGGACAAAUCAAAAGCCUACUGUUCAGUCCCAGUCUAGCAGUGAAGGGGCAUCCAACAGAAUGUCCCUCAGCUCAGACACCGAGGGACCCCCACCAGAACCCCAGCAACCACCUCGAUCCCAUCAAGCAAACCCUGAUAUCCAUGAAGAGGAAGUGGAGGGAGAAUCUUCCACCGAAUCCUGUCCUAAAAAAGAUGCCAAAUCAGAGAAGAGCCAAUCAAAAGUGAAGCCAAUGCUUGUAAAUGAUGACAACGUGACUGAGAGCACCAAAUCGGUCUCUCAGGGAGAUCUUGUGGGUUCUCAAACUGUACCAAAGAGUGAUGCGUCUCUGGUGUUAAAUAACGACUCUGCAAAAAACACUAUGGUGGUUGGCGAACAUGCUCAACUGGGAUUGGUUGCGGUCAAGGACAGUAAGAGCGGGCACAAUGAUGACAGUGACGCAGAGACAGUCUAUCAGUCAGCCAAUGAGGAGGAAGAUCCCGAGUAUGAAGAGGAGAGGAAAAGGAAAGAAGAAGAAACGUGGAAACAAGAGCGGAGGAAAGAAGAAGAAAUGAGAAGAAAGGAGGACGAGAAAAGAAAGAUGAAAGAAGAAGACUUGAGGAGACGGCGGGAGGAGGAAGUGAAAAGGAGGAGGGAGGUGGUGGCAAGGGUCAGUAAGCACCCCAAAAUAAUCUCAACCAGAACAUCGGACCAAGAGGAAUCAAUUGGAGGGAGAGCCUGUGCUCCAAGAACCAAAAAGUUCAUUAACCUGUUUUCUUCUGACAAUGACUACAGUUCCACAGGCGCUGGUUCUUUUGGUGUGUUUUCUUGUGUUUUGGAUGGAGUAGAGCAACAGCAGAGCCACAGAGCUGUAUACAGGUUUGUUCCUCGUCAUUCCGACGAGCUGUACCUUGAGACAGAUGACCCAGUCUUAAUUCUCAACCAGUCUGAGGAUCUGUGGUGUCAGGGUUACAACAUGCGGACUGGAGCUACUGGAAUCUUUCCUGCUUUCUAUGCUGUGAGGCUAACAAAAAAUACUAACAAGGGACUAAAGGAUGGUUCGAUAGAGCAGUUCCUUGUACGAUUCUUAGGUUCUGUUCAAGUGCCCAUCCACAAAGGCAGUGAUGUGUUGUGUGCUGCCAUGCGCAAGGUUGCAUAUAACAGGCGCUUAGCCGGGCAGCCUCCCUCGCCCUGUGUGCUCGAGGUCAGUGUGAGGGGUGUGAAGAUCAGCGUCCAGGACCAGUGUCACUCUGCCCACAGGGGAGAACAGUGUUUUCAUUUCUUCCAUUUGAAGAACAUAUCAUUUUGUGGCUGCCAUCCAAAACAUAGCAAGUACUUUGGUUUCAUCACCAAACAUCCUGACCAACAACGUUUUGCCUGUCAUGUAAUGAUGUCAGACACAACUUUACAUCCUUUGGCCAAGUCAGUAGGGAAAGCCUUCCAGCAGUAUUACAAGGAACAUAUUGGAUACUCUUGUCCCACUGAAGACAUCUUUAUUGAAUAACACUUCGUUUCACUUCAAGCAACAGGACUACAAGACCGUUUGAACAGACGGAGCCUUUUAAAAAACAGAGGAUCUUCAAACACCCGGAAUAAGUCCAUUUGCCUUUGAGGCAGUCUUGGUGGGCAGUGACAUCACAAACUGGACCACCACCACUAUGACCUACUGUCCUGUAUGUGAGAUUGCUUGCAUGUUCGAUUUUCUUUCUUGUCUGCAUCCACAUACUGUAGCUAUGUCACGUAGAAAUGUCGAGAUGGAAGGUUGUACCACAUGUGAAUUAUCCAUAAUUGUAACGCACAGCAUACCUGCCCAGUACUGGACAUGUCUUUAAAGGUAAAAAGACAACAAAGCCACAUUUAGACAAACAAUAGAGACAAUUUACUGACAGGGCAUUCCCUCAGUCAAUAAGACUGAUUUGACCAUUUAAUCAUGUUUAAAUAAAUUCAAGUUAUAGCCACAAUAGAUGCUCUGUGAGCUAACCUAUUUACAUACAUAUUAACACUUGUAUGUUCUUGUCAUGCACUUGAAAAAAACAUUGUGCUUGUUUUCUUCCUAUAUGCUAUAAUUUAUAUAUACAGUGCCUUGCAAAAGUAUUCGGCCCCCUUGAAUCUUGCAACCUUUUGCCACAUUUCAGGCUUCAAACAUAAA